AUGCAUCUGAACGAAGAGGUGGAUCCUAGCCAGGCAACGGGUCCCUUGGCAGCGUUUUGUUUCAUGACCGGCUACAUCGACGUGAUAUCUUUCUCUGCGAUCUUUGUGUGGUGUGGAUUCCAAACGGGAAAUUUUGCCCAGCUUGCUAUCGCCCUAGCUCGUCUGUUCGAAAACAGGCCAGAGGGCGGCCACGAUACCUCAUUCCACAUGCCUGACAAGCAGGCUCUCACCUCUCUCAUUGCCUUCAACCUCGGUGCUUUCGUCGGGAGGCUGGGCGAUCGGAUAGGACCUCACAAGCGGAUAUGGCUCAUAUUUGGGACCUUCCUCCAGGCGCUGCUUACCAUGGCGGCGUCGGUGACGAUAUACAAGAGCCACAUGCGUAGCAUCGCGGAUGAGCGUGACGACCCAUCGUGGACGAACGUCCUCGCCUUUGCGUGUCUAGCGUUCAUGAGCGCCAGUCUCGGCGUGCAGGGCAUCUUGGGUAAACGGCUGAAUACGCAGUUUACUACGACGAUUGUACUAACGACGGUGUGGGUGGAACUGGUGACGGACCCCCAGCUGUUCAAUUUCCGGAAAAUGGUAAAGUCGCGCGACCACAAGCUGAUUGCGGCGGCGUCAUUGCUCAUUGGUGCAUUCGCCGGGCGGGCUAUCUUGGGUUCUAUUGGUUCUGCUGCAGCUCUGGGAAUUGGCACGGGCAUUCGUGUGCUGAUUACUUUGUCUUGGAUAUUUGUGCCAGGGAAGAAGGCCAGACGCUAG